CCAGGCUGCCGGGUGCCGAAGGGUGCGGACUCCCCAGACGUCGCUGGGACCCCUCCCCCCCCCCGCCGGUCGUCGUCGGCGGCGGCACCAGGCCCGGGCCGCUCCUCCCGCACCGCCUCCUCUUCCUCCUCCUCCUUCUCCUCUUCCUCCUCCUCCUCUUGCUGCGGCUCGGACUGUUGUAUAGAACGCGCCUCAGACACUUCAUCCCAGUCCCGGGCGAGCAGCGUUGGGUUUAUGUCUUUAUUUGACGAAAACGAGCUGUUGCGCAGCCAUUGGUACCUGUAUUGGGGAAACAUAGCAUACCAGCAAGAAGCUUACAGCUUCAGUGGUGAAAACUUUUUCAUGUCAGAGACCGAGAACUCUUGCAGUCGUUUAUGUCAUCCCUUCUUCUCCAGACAGAAGAUACCAAAAAGUUGCAAUCAAAGAUCUCUUCACCUUAUUGAUAAAGCUACUAAUAAGCCAAAAUGUCUGUCAACGUCAACCGCAGUGUUUCGGAUCAGUUCUAUCGCUACAAAAUGCCCCGUCUGAUUGCGAAGGUUGAGGGCAAAGGAAAUGGAAUAAAGACAGUUAUAGUCAACAUGGUUGACGUUGCAAAGGCGCUUAAUCGGCCUCCAACGUAUCCCACCAAAUAUUUUGGUUGUGAGCUGGGAGCACAGACCCAGUUUGAUGUUAAGAAUGACCGUUACAUUGUCAAUGGAUCUCAUGAGGCGAAUAAGCUGCAAGACAUGUUGGAUGGGUUCAUUAAAAAAUUUGUUCUCUGUCCUGAGUGUGAGAAUCCUGAAACUGAUCUGCAUGUCAACCCUAAGAAACAAACAAUAGGUAACUCUUGCAAAGCCUGUGGCUUUCGAGGCAUGCUUGACACAAACCAUAAACUCUGCACUUUCAUUCUCAAAAACCCACCUGAGAAUAGUGACAGUGGUACAGGGAAGAAAGAAAAAGAAAAGAAAAACAGGAAGGGCAAGGACAAAGAAAAUGGUACUGUGUCCAGCAAUGAGACAACACCACCACCACCAAAUGAGAUUACUCCUCCCCAUGCUGUGGAGGAAGACGAGGAUGAAGACUGGGGAGAAGAUACAACGGAAGAAGCUCAGAGACGCAGAAUGGAUGAAAUCAGCGAUCAUGCAAAAGUCCUGACACUUAGCGAUGACCUGGAAAGGACGAUUGAAGAGAGAGUCAAUAUAUUAUUUGACUUCGUUAAGAAAAAGAAAGAAGAAGGUGCUAUUGACGCUUCGGACAAAGAAAUUGUUGCAGAAGCAGAGAGACUGGAUGUAAAAGCUAUGGGCCCUCUAGUUUUAACUGAAGUCCUAUUCAACGAGAAGAUCCGUGAACAAAUUAAAAAAUAUCGACGCCAUUUCCUCCGUUUUUGCCACAACAACAAAAAAGCCCAGAGAUACCUUCUUCACGGCAUGGAGUGUGUCGUAGCUAUGCAUCAAGCUCAGCUUAUCACCAAAAUUCCACACAUCUUAAAGGAAAUGUAUGAUGCAGACCUUUUGGAAGAAGAGGUCAUAAUCAGCUGGUCAGAAAAGGCUUCCAAGAAAUACGUCUCGAAAGAGCUUGCCAAAGAGAUUCGUGUCAAAGCAGAGCCUUUUAUAAAAUGGCUAAAGGAAGCGGAGGAGGAAUCAUCUGGUGGAGAAGAAGAUGAAGAUGAAAAUAUCGAGGUGGUGUACUCCAAGUCUGCCAGCGUACCUAAAGUUGAAACUGUGAAGUCUGCAGGCAACAAGGAAGAUGACAUUGAUAUCGAUGCCAUUUAAGCAGUCCAGCUUAAUGUAACGCUACAAAUCUCCCUGCGUUUCUCUGCCGGAAGUGCAACAUGUAUGUGCUAAAGCUGAGAUAGCUUAACAUCAUGCUACACUUUUGUACUAAAAUGUCUUUUUACUGUGAGUGGUCUUCUGAAACAGCCUAACCUGACAUCUUAGGAGUCCAUACACAUGAAUGAACAGGUUCAAUUUGCUUAUUUAUAGCAUGUUUCUUUUCAAAACUCUAGUGUUGGAGAUAUACUUGGAUCACAUUUAUGCAGUUUGCGGAAAUAAAGAUUUGUCUUUUGUCAGUCUUACGUUCUUGACUUGGAAUGGCUUUGGCUGAAUUGGCUUAACUGUGGCUACUUUUAAGUGCCAUCUGGAGUUGAUAGGGAAGAAAAAAGUGUGGGUUCAGGAGGAGCUGAGUGUCCAGGAGAUGUGUGGUAUGAAACUGUUAAUCAAAAACCCCAGGUUUUUUCCACUAAAUUCGCAUCUGUUGCUGCCCUUAGUGUCCUGAAUCGUAUUAUGUAAGGGUAGUGAAAUUUAUGUGGACUGAGUACAUCUCAGUACGUUUCUUGAAAACUUGUCCUCAGCUGUGUGCGUCACAAAUGGGCCAACCCGGGGCAAUUCUGCAAAAUCGGAAAAUACAUUUGUGUGUUGCCAUUAUGCAUUUCUGAGACCUGUGGAUGUAUCAGGCUGCCAUUGCAUCAGUCUAACCUGUGUUAAUUUAUUGGGGCCAUCAAGGGUAGCAGGAAAGAGGUAUGGUCCGCCUUGAUAUAACAGCUGAGAACCUUUGACCCUUGCUGUGAGAAUGUGGACCAAAACUUGAAUGACUUGGUGUUUUUUAUUUUAUUUGGGGGGGGGGGUGUAGUGCCAUUUGGUAUGCUGCUUUGACCUAGCAUUUGAUCUCUCCACUUUCUGACGGUGCCUAAAUUUCUAAGCCCCGUGGCUGUGUUGCUGAAUUAGUGUUAACAAGCGAGGUCAAAUAUUCAAAAAAGGCAUCUGUUUAAGAGCAUGAAGAGCUAAAAGCCGAGUUUGUGUCAAAUACAGACGGACCUUCACCGUUGUACAGGGGUCAGGCUGAAGGUGUAAGGUUAGAAGAGCGUGGUGGAAAUGGAGUGCCCUAGUCCGGCUGUGACCGUCCUAAUAGAACUAGUGGCUUUAGGAAGGAAGCCUGUACCGUGGCCAAAAGAGUGGGUAGCAAGGCCAGAGUUCAUCAGGUAUCUGGUCCUGGUUUCACAAUAGUAUUGAUUUUUGUUGAACUUUGAUCCUGGUUGGCCUGCCCUAAAGUUAUAUGAAGGUAGAAACGGGGCCUUGACCAAUGUUGAAAGCUGCGGGCUUCUAUUGUCAUACGUAGCCCUCAUUUGAAACCAGUUUUGAGGAGCUUGCUCGGAAGCCUUAAUUCUAAAUACUAAUACCACGUUAUUUGGAAACCCUGGGUGAAAAGAAAAUCAUUAGCGUGGAAGAUGGGAGGGCAACAGGACUGCGAACUUCUCACAGCCGUUAAAAGUGAAUUGAAAAGAAUCGGAGGUCAGGAGGCUGAAGUAUUUGAGUUGUGGAUUCUUUCAGGACUCGACUUUUAAAUAUCCUCUUAGACUCCACAACCUACUGGGUUGUUCCAACUGCUUCUCUCUAUUUGCCCUCUCGUGCUCCAUGCUUGGGUGGGAAUGGAGCAGGAGAGGUUAUCUUAGGGAGAGAGUGAUUCAAUUUGUUCUCGGCAAGUUUCUGCUUCCAGUUCAUGGCUCAUCGGACCGUUUGUCGUUUUUUUUCAACUGAUAAAGCCAUAUUUGAAACUUCCGUAUUCACAAGUCUGUGGGGGUUGGGAAACUUGGUGACUUUCCCGGGGACCUUCCGUAACAAGCAAGGUUCAACCGCGGCGCUUCCUUUGCCUGGCAAAUGAGGGUCAAAUGUUCAUCAGUCCUUUUGUCUGUAAGACUUAAACUUACCUAAGUUGAAAUUUAUCGGAAUGAAAUAUUUAUUCACAAAGGUUGUUCUAUAGAGUAAUCUUUUACUUUUGUCAAAUCUUCCUGUUUCUUAAGAGCUACAUUAAACGAUAUGACUAUUAAGCUCCCA